GAGAGAGAGGGGGGAUAUACCCCACGGUAUCGAUGCCUAUAUAGCCAGCCACGGGACGGACCGUUCCAGUCGUGGUCUCUCGUCUCAGGAUUUGCCCGCUCCUUUUUUUCCUCUCCUUUUUUCAUCAAUUAUCCUCGGGCUAGCCUCGAUUCUCUCUCGCGCGAUAUCCCCCGCGCUCGGGCGAUAUGCCGCUCGCUUAACCGGCCGACCGUAUCCCACCCGGUGUCGAUCAACCUUGGAGGUGCUGUCCGCGGCGAAACGAGCAGCGAGCCGCCGGUGGUAGCAGGCCGUCGAGAGUCCGUCGCUCGCGGCUGAGACAAUCAGGAUUCCUCGGCAUGUUCGUCGGCACGUAGGGGGUCCUCUCGCCGAGGAGGAGCGCGGACGUCCCAUUCGUCGUCGCGCGAGGCUGCGAGACGCGUAAUCGAGAUUUCGCGCGCGGCGCCUCGUCGUCAGGCCCGAAGGCUGGAGUCGAGCUGCAGCCGCGGUUGCGACGAAGCGAGGAAAGCGGUGCCGUCUCUGCCUCUGCGGGGAGCCUCCUCCUCGGCCGGCUGCGACAUGCCGCCGCAGGAGAAGUUCUCCACGUCUGUGAACGGGGAGCUCGGCUCGAAGGACGCCAGUCCUUCGGACGGGCUUUCCUGCCGGGACUCGUCGUCCGAGGGCUUCGCCAGCGAGAAGUCCGUCAAGAUACGCAGCAACGGCCACCGGCCGAGCGACGCUCACCAGGAGGCCGAGCAGCCAGCCAAGGACAUGGACUUCGACGAGCUGCUGCCGCACGUAGGCGAGUUCGGCAUCUACCAGAGGAUCCUCUUCGUCAUGAUGAUCCCGUUCGCCUUCUUCGUCGCCUGGGUCUACUUCUCGCAGAUAUUCAUCACCCUCGUGCCGGAAGAGCAUUGGUGCCGCGUGCCGGAACUGGAGAAUCUCACAGCCGCGGAAAGGAUCGCGUUGGCGAUACCAACGUCCGACGAUGAGAACGGCCACUCCAGAUGCACGAUGUACGACGUGAAUUACACGGAGCUGCUGUUAAACGGGAUCCGCCAGGCGGAUCCGAGCUGGCCGACCAGGGGUUGCACGCACGGCUGGGAGUUUAAUUUUACCGACAUCCCUUAUGAGACCGUGGCGACCGAGCUGGGAUGGGUGUGCGAGAACAGCGCGCUACCUACCACGGCCCAGAGCGUCUUCUUCGUCGGCGCAAUCUUCGGUGGCCUGAUUUUCGGAUGGAUCGCCGACAGGUACGGCAGGAUACCGGCGCUGGUCGGUGCCAAUGUCACCGGGUUCCUUGCUGGUGUCGCAACCGUGUUGGCCAGCAGUUUCUGGGAAUUCGCGUUAUGCCGAUUCUUCGUCGGCUUCGCCUUCGAUAACUGCUUCACUAUGAUGUACAUAUUAGUACUGGAAUACGUGGGACCGAAAUGGCGUACCUUCGUGGCGAACAUGUCGAUCGCCCUCUUCUUCACGUUUGCCGCCUGCAUCCUGCCGUGGAUCGCGUAUUUCUUGGCCGACUGGAGGAUGACGUGCAUCACCGUCUCCGUGCCUCUGGUUCUCGCGGUGGCGGCACCCUGGUUAGUGCCGGAGAGCGCGAGGUGGCUCGUCAGCCAGGGCCAAGUGGAGAAGGCCAUCAGGAUUCUUGGUAAAUUCGAGCGCAUCAACCGCACGAAGGUACCCGAGAACGUGUACCAGAAUUUCCGCGAGACGUGCGCCAGGGUCUGCAAGGAGCAGGAGGCGGACAAAACUUACUCCGUGCUAGACCUGUUCAAGAGUCCGCGAUUGAGGAACAUCACGAUCCUCCUCAUUUUUAUCUGGAUGGCGAUAUCGCUGGUAUUCGAUGGUCACGUGAGAAACGUGAACAAUCUUGGGCUCGAUGUCUUCAUGACGUUCACCAUCGCAGCAGCCACCGAGUUACCCGCCGACACCUUCCUCACUCUCGUUUUGGACCGAUGGGGCAGGAGAUGGUUGGCCUGCGGCACCAUGGUGAUUUCCGGAAUCUUCAGCAUCUGGGCCAGCGCGGUCUCGAACAAUAUCUACUCGGCCACCCUAGCGAUAAUUGGUAGAUUCUGGGUGAACAUUUCGUACAACAUCGGUCUUCAGUACGCUGCCGAGGUGUUGCCGACGGUGGUGAGGGCUCAGGGGGUCGCCUUGAUCCACAUAAUGGGCUACGUCGCCAGCAUUCUCGCGCCCUUCGUCGUUUACCUGGACGUCGUCUCGUCGAUUCUGCCACUGUUGGUCCUCGGCACCAUGGGCAUCCUGGGCGGCCUCCUGACGCUAUUCCUGCCGGAGACGCUCGACAAGGACCUGCCGCAGACCUUGCAGGACGGCGAGGACUUCGGCAAGGAUCAGAAGAUAUGGGACAUGCCGUGCCUCUCGAAAAGGUCCGCGGACGAGGAGGCACCGCCUGUGGCGAUCUUCCGGUCCUUCGAGCGCAGCAGCCUGCGGAACUCGAUGAGGGCGUCGACGCGCGGCGAGACUCUGAGGAGCAGCAUGAUACAGAGAUCGAGCAUCAGGUCGCGCAAGGGCGUCCCCGGCUCGGAAAAGCCUGCCGAAACGGAAAAGCCCGCGGCAACGGAAAGGCCCGCAACAACGGAAAAGCUCGCGGAAACCGAGGGCGACUGAGGAUGCGCCGCGACACGCGCUCCUAUUCUUGGAUAAUCGGCCCGGGCGGCACCGUCGCUCUCCUUCAGAAUCGUGUGAUAGCGGAGCUACCGAAAUCAAAUUACAUAUCCGAUGCACAUACCUUUUUAUCGAUCUUCCGAUAGCGCGUUUCUCAGCUCGUCCGUGAUGUAGGAAAAAAACGCGAAGCGUACUCCCUGUUCACGGUUCACUCGCGACAGAGCGUUCUUACGCUAUUAGCAAUUAUAUAUAUAUAUGUGUAUAUCAAAUUCUAUGUGUGUAUGACGUCUCGGAAAUUCCGACGUGGAUUUCAAGUAAAUUACAUAGGGAUUCUACGGGCAAUCGUGCAGUAUUAAUGCAGAGAA